AGGCUUUCACAAAAAGAUUAUCGUGUACGAGUUAUCUGCCUAACAUGUAAACGGAUCUGAUUUGAUAUCUGUAAAUUUUAGGUCGUCAAGAUGUGGAAAGGCCUGAUGAUCACCUUUUGGCUUGUAUUUGAAGUCAUGACCAUACAUGGACAAGAAUUGUGUCAGACAGAGCUAGGGUAUGAGUACUUCAUUCAAGGUAUUAUGGAAAACACUUUACCAAACACGGAGAUCGGUCACGUGGUCAUCGAGGGAAAUAACAGUCAGAUAGAAAUAAUUCAGACUGAGCACAAGUUUUAUUCGUUUAACAAUAUUACACGAAACGUAACCUUAAAAAAGGAAUUGGACACUGACCAAGGUGCGGAAGAAAUUCAGCCUCUGUAUCUGAACUGUAGGAAACUUGGUCGCUCCGGACAAGACUCUGGCACGCUGCGGAUAAUAGUGUAUGUUUUAGUGACUGACUGGAACGACAAUCCGCCGGUAUUCGAUUCUCAGAACUAUUCUGUGUCCAUUCCGGAGGAUGCUCAAGUGGGGACAACAGUAAUUUCUGAUAUCAAAGCGACUGAUAACGACAAAUCGUUUGACGGAAACAGCCGACUGACUUACCGAAUUACCCCAAACCAAACAUUCUCCGAUUAUUUCUUGUUGGAGGUCCCUACUAAACCGACCAUUACUCUGAAACAGCAUUUAGAUUAUGAGAAAGUAACCAAAAUGGUUAUUCUUAUCGAAGCUAUGGAUUCACCUACCAAAAAUCGAGGUAUUCCACAGACAUCGACCGCCACACUUACUGUAUAUAUCACCGACGCUGAUGAUCAAAACCCGAAGUUUUCUCAGAAGACAUACAGAGGUGUUAUCAGUGAAGACGCUAGUCCGGGCACUAUUGUCGAUGUUACUCCACCUAUCAUAGCAAGGGAUCCGGACACGAUGAAUGUCUCUGUCACUUACAGACUUCUGGACCCCUACGACUUUUUCGACAUCAACACGACAACAGCAACCAUCAGGAACAAGCGGUUGUUUGAUGUAGAUGUUCCUACACUAACAGUAGUUGUAAUGGCGUCCCAGGUUGACAACCCUAACAGAGAAUGGUUUGCUAUGUUAACUAUUACGAUAUCAGAGGCGAAUAUCAAUGCUCCAAGCUUUACCAAAAAUAUAUACAAGGUCACGCGGACAGAGCUGGAACCAGUCAAAUCAAUACUUGUUUCAACAACAGCUAGGGACCCGGAUUUCAAGACUAUCACGGGCACAGUUUUGGAAUAUGCAAUUACUGACCCCGUUGAAUUCUUCAGCAUUGAUCAGUAUAGUUGCUUGUCAUGGAAUUUUCGGGAUACUUUUGUUCCUAUAGAAGAAACAGCACCCACUGACCAUUAUGAAGAUUUUUCUAAAUAUAUCAUGAAUAUAUGUAAACAUUUAGAAGUUUUUAAAGUUCGGGUCAAUGGUCUUAUCAUUUCUGUUUUCAGCGGAAAUAUAAUACUAGAGAAAUCCUUGGAUUACGAAGAGAUAGACGAGCAUAUCAUUUCAGUUACAGCUUCAGACGGAGUCCAUACCGCCCAAGCGACUGUUGAAAUCACAGUUCUAGAUGUAAACGACAAUAAUCCUAGACUGAAUGUCCCUGGUGUGACCUUCAAUGCUGAAAGGAUAAAGGGAUAUAUGAUAACAACAGUGUCGGCAGAUGACGACGAUAUAAGAAACGUUCUCCGUUUUGAAUUAAGAAGUAACACGAAUUUGUUUAAAAUAAACUACAAUGGAGAGAUAACAGUUUUGGCAGAACCAGAACAAUUGACUUUGGACCGAUAUUCUAUCCUCGUUUCGGUACUGGACGACGGUACACCACCUCGUGAAUCCUCAAAACAAAUUGACGUCAUAUUUCCACCACUUGGUUAUACGCCAACAUCAAAGACAACCGCUGCACCUACGAAAACAACGGAAGGCGUCGCAGCAGCGUCUGUUGCACCUGAUGAUAACAUGCUGGCAGUCAUUCUUGGCGCCGUCGCCGGGGUCUUGCUGGUUGUUAUACUGAUACUUGUUGUAUAUAUUGUAUGGAAAAAUAAGAGAACAAAGGAGGAGCUGGAUAGGGCAAGGGCACCUAGGAGUCAUGCGGCGCAAGGUCUCACUUACAGACAAGCUGAAGUACCGGAUGACCUUCCGAAAAUGGACUUGAGUUACGCAGACGACACAGAUGGAAUUUCUGACUUUGGAGCAACUACCGUACAGGAAAAUCCAUUGAGAAAAACUGGUGUAAAUCAGGGAUAUUUGCAAAGUAGUGGAUCCGAAAUGGAUCGGGACAUUAGUGAAAUAGAAGUGGAGACUGCCGUUGUUCCGUAUGAUGACGAUUUCGGUUAUCCUUCGAAUCACGGACAAUUCCGAACAUUUCACGGAGAUGAUACGACAAGUAACGAAUCAAAUCACAGUGACAGCACAGGUGGCAGUCAACGAGUUCUAGUAAAUGGCAAUAAGAAAGAUGGAAAUAAAAUGACCAGUUGGGAUAGUGAUGAUAAAAUACACCCACAAGGUGCAGAGAAAUUGUUAGACUCAAAAAGCAGUACAGCUUCAAGAACGAAAAAGGAGCGACCAGAAAUUACUGUUUAUUUCUGAGAAAUUAGACAACGAUACAUUGUUAUAUUGAGUGUGCAUAUCAAACAUGAGAAAUAAAGACUAUUCUCUUCAUGAACAUAUGUUAUUAAUACAACGUACAAAUAUUUAUGUAUAACCCACUAAAGUAGUAAUUCAGUCGGAUAUCAAGGCUUUUACAUACUGAUCCAUGAAACGAACGUGCCAGUUUUAUAUUUGCAUUUUGUGUUCAGUGACGUUUAAUAUCUGUGUUGGUGGAUGAAUACCAUAUAGGCAUUUUCUUGGGCUUAUAUGCACAUGGGAAGAACCACAUACGCAGAAUAUCAUGGUGACUCACUCAGAUAACGACAAUAUUGAAGAACUCGAACUCCGACAGGGGAAAGAUAAGUGAAUAUAAUGCAAAUUUGUGGACAUCGGGAAUAAAAAAUAUACUAAAUACUAGAAUGAAAAUUGUAUUCAAUUUAUAAGAUAAUUUGUACAUUUGAAAGUAUGCGGGACAAGCACCGGCUAGAUUGUUAAAGUUUCGACACAUUCUUAAAAUUUGAACACUCCUCAGACUAUACUGUGUAUCCAGUUUCAUUCCGUCUUGAGAAAUUUGUAUUUUUACGUUGUACGUUAAUUAAUAUUGAAUUUCGUUUCAUGUGUUCAUUCUAGUUUAUUACUGGUGUCAUAUCCAUUAUGUACAUAGAACAUCAUUAUAAAUACUCAGAAUUAAUCACAGACAUAAAUAUUAUUUUGAAUUGAUUGUUUUUCAGUAGGACGCCAGACUAACAUUAAAAUAUCCCACUUUUCAGAACAUAUUUGUAUACGUGAAAUUAAUACAAGGUGAUAUGUUAAACAAUCUGAUAAGUCUACAUAUAACAUCCUACUAGUUUUAAUUACAUUUUCUGCACUUUUCAAGUGUAUGUAAUACCUGCUCACUACCUAUAAUAUAUAUACAUGAGGACACAUUCCGAUAGUUAGAAGGAAAGAGGACCACUUUUACUAAAAAGUGAAAGAAGCACUUCGUGGGCUGAGCGCGAAACUAUUGUAACUGUAUAUAAAUAAAGAACAAGAUACAAUAGUUUCGCGCUCAGCCCUCGACUUUAAGACUAUAACUAAACAUCACUUUUAUUCAAAUUUCCUUUCCGAUCAUUUUGGAUUUCAACUCAAAGACUAUAUAUUUAUAAACAGAUGUUGCUUGAGACAAUGGAUCACACUGUUUAAUAAUUAUUGAAGAUAAAAAAUGUUUCUAGAAAUCGAGAACUUCAAGUAAAGUCUGGAGGCGAGCCUCUAUAUUUGUUAUCACUGCAUUUUUAUUCGUUAUUGUACUGCCGUUUGUUUCCAUCUUUGAAGUGUGAUAUAUUGAUCGUGUUACAUAGUGUAUAUCAAAAUAGACCAUGAGUAAACUGUUCAUAAAAAUUCCAUUGUAAGCAACCAUUUACAUUUCACCAAUGUCUUCCAGGUACUUGUUUUAAAUUAGAGAUAUAUCAUGUGUACAUGACAUUUUCAAAGCAAUGAAUCUGUAAUAUUUUGACAAGGUCAAGUACAGGUAUUUUGAUGUUCUGUUUAUUCUUUAAAAAAAAUAGAAAUAAUGACUGAAGCGUAUUCUUGCCCAGACAAAGUUUGGUUUUUAGUUCGACUUUUUUAACAUUUUGUUAAAGUAUUUGAUGAAGUCAAAUAUCUCUGUUACUAUCAAAGCUAUUGACUUGAAAUUUAAAAUAGUUAUUUACUAGAAACAACCCCAUAACUCUGGUUUGAAUUUUGACAGAGGUAUGCCCCUUUUUAAUUUAGAAUAAAUGUUUUGAUAAAGUCAAAUAAUCUCUGUUACUGUCAAUGCUUUUGACGUGAAACUUAAAGUAGUAGUUUACUAUCAAAAUCUACACAAGAAGAAAUAAUCCCUAUAACACUGAUUUGGAUUUUGACAGAGUUAUGCCACUUUUUAACUCAGAACUUUUUGGUUAAACUUUUUGAUGAAGUCAAAUAUCUCUGUUACUAUUAAAGCUAUUGACUUGAAACUUAAAAUAGUUAUUUACUAUCAAAGUCUUCACUAGGAAAAACAAUCUCCAUAACUCUGAUUUGAAUUUUGACAGAGUUAUGCCGAUUUUUAAUAUAGAAAUGUUUGGUUAAAGCUUUUUAAAAUUAUUACUGGAAAAGCUCUAAAUCAGAGUCAAGCACUGAGAAAAGUCGAGCGCGUUGUCAUCAGACAGCUCUUGUUGCUGAUAUUACUACUUUUUUCAACAGCCUUAUAUUUACAUGAAUGUCAUCGUUAUUGUGUUUUUGACUUUGAAGGACACUUGAUAAUCAUAAAACUCAAAUUAUACUUUCCUUUUGAAUUGUUUUGAUUUCUAAAUUUACAGUGUAUUUGUUUUGCAUUAACAUUGUUAGUAAAUAUGACAGUUAUGUGAUACAGCGAAAUCGGAAAAUAAAGAAAUAAAAAUGGAA